CCCCACCAACAGCCGCCCACUGACUAGACGGGGAAACAAGUCCAUGCCGCACUCUCGGGCAAAUUCACAGCAGGCACUUCAAAUUGGCUUAGGGCCGUUAUGAUUUGCGCAUAAUGUCGGCAGAUGUCGGAAUCCAGAAAUUCUCCUUCCCCUUCUCCUGCUCUGGCCGGCAGAAUGACGAGAGCCAGACGGGAUGCAUCCAGGUGAAGGCCCCGGAGCUCAGCGGGCUUACAGAAAAUCCUCUUUUAAGCAGGCCGAGCGCUGUUGCCUUUGAGGGGAUUUUGGCAACCUGCGCCAACCCAACAUCCCCCGCUCCCAAAACCCCCACCAUGGAGGUCCAAGCCCCACAGAGCGCCGUGCUUUCCCGCCGCAGCGUCUUUGAGAAGCUGGCGGCCGAGGCCGAGGACCAGCGUCCCACGGCCAAGAGGCAGCUGUCGUCCGAGAGCGCCUCCAGGAACAUCGCGGUGGUGAAGAAGAGCGCCGUGAGGGCGGAGGAGCCGCAGAGCGACGUCAAACCCAAAGCACAAGUCACACUGAGGCGCACAGCCACGGCUUCAGUGGGAAGGAGGAAGACGCGGAAAGAUCUCUUUGCCAACUCCAACAUCUUCCACCGGCUGGAUUUGCAUGUCAUCAGGGUGGGUGCAGAGCUUAAGGAAAAAGACGUUCGUGACGUGGCGACCAUUGUCCAGAACAUUGCCAGCAUUGCCAAGACAGAGUUGGAGAAGAUCCGCGCCAUCUGGGUUUGGCUUUGUUAUAACAUCGAGUAUGACAUCGGCGGCUACCUGGGACGAUCGGAGAAGCUGUGCUCGCCGGAGGAAGUGAUCGCGACUGGUCGCGGGGUUUGCUGUGGCUACUCCAGCCUCUGUCUGGAAAUGUGCAGGUUGGUGGGCAUCGAGUGCCAAGAGGUGGCGGGCCACAGUAAGGGCAUCGGCUACCGCCAGGGGCAGAGCCUCCGGAACGUGAAAUCGGAUCACCUAUGGAACGCCGUGCUCUUAGGUGGACAGUGGUUCCUAAUGGACGCCUGCUGGGGAGCCGGACGGGUGGACAUGGAACACGAGAGCUUCGUCAAAAGGUUUGACGACUUCUAUUUCCUGACGGACCCGGAGGAGUUUAUCGAGUCGCACUUUCCGGACGAAGAGCGAUGGCAGCUUCUGGAGGUGCCCGUCAUCCUGGAGGACUUUGAGAAGCGAGUCUUCAAGACCUCAGCCUUCUUUGACAUUGGGCUCCGGCUCCUUCAGCCUCAUCACUGCCACCUCGUCACCGAUGAAGGCGAGGCCAACAUUUCCAUGAGCUUCUCGCGGCCUGUGACCUUCACCUACGAGAUCACGCCGCAGCAGGACUUCCUCCACUCGGGUACACCGGAACACAAGGAGAGUGGCCACUCGUCCUUCGGCAUACUCAGGGUGUCCCAACGCAGCAUGAACCUUCAGCUGCUGCCGCCUGAUAGCGGCCCCUACCAGCUGAGGCUGUACGCCAGGCCCGAGAGCGCCACCACCCCCCUGAGUUGGGUGUGCUCCUUCACCGUGGAGUGCCCACGACCCAGGGCCACCGAGGAGAUCCCGGAGAACCCGUAUCUGUCAUGGGGGCUGCAGCCAACGGCCGGGUCCUUGGGAGUGACGGGUAGCAAUCUGGGCAGCGAGGUGGGCGAGGUGGAGGACGGGCUCUUCAAGUUAGCAUUGAGGACGUCACGCUCGCUCAUGAUGCUCUGUGAACUGGUCCACCCGGACCUGGAAGCUUCGGUGACAAAGCGUUGCUUAGCGCCGCAGAUCCAAGCGGAGCUUCUGACUUGCCACGUCCUCUGCCCGUCACGCGGCUUCUACCGCCUCUCUGUCUUUGUGCGCGACUACGAGAAGAUGGACGUCAAGUUCCAGAACGCCGCCAACUUCCUGCUGCACUGCCAGGUGAAUGCGAUCGGCCAGGACGAGCUCUUCCCGCCCAACCUGGGCUCAACGUGCGGGCCUGGCACCCGCACCUCGCAGGCGGGCUUGUCCAAAUUCAGCCACACGGCGGCGCUGGUGAGCACACCACAGGGCAAAUGCAACAUCACCUUCCACAACCAGCGAGACCUCGACCUGCACACCACGCUCAACCAGGCCGAUGAGGACAAAACCUCGGCCUUCCCGCUGGCGCGCCACCUUUUCUGCACGCACACUGACAGCAAGGUGACGGUGAGCGUGGGCCUGCCGGCCGCCGGCACGUAUCGGCUGGGCUUGUACGCCAGGAUCGCCCCCGACGGAGACUUUAACCCCAUGUGUGACUUUGUGCUGAGGAACAGCUGCGCCCAAGCGCGCCUUCCUUUCCCUCGCGUCUACGCCGCCUGGAGCAAAGGCUGCGUGCUUUUUGAGCCCCGCGACGGACUGCUGGACGCCGCCUCCUGGGUCCGCUUCCGGGUGAGGGUCCCGGGGGCACAGCGGGUGUGCGUGGUUGGUGACGGGCGGACGGAUCUGAAAGUCAACAAGAGCCGGGUCUGGGAAGGCGAGGUGUUUAGCGCGGAGGCUGUGGCGGAGCUCAAACUAGCGGCCAACUUGGGAGAUUCUGGAGAAAUGGCUGUUUUGAUGACCUUUGACGUCAAAAAGCCGACGUUUGGGUGUUUACCUUGAGAUUCAGCUUAAGGUCCUGCUCUUUGUCCUCACUAGUAAGACAAUUCAAGCUUUGAAAGCCAUUUAAGCAUUUGAUAUCCUUGAGAGCCAUCUUAAGGUGAAAUCUCGAUCAAAAGAAUUCCUUUU